CAUAAAUCAAAAUUGCUCGGGCUGGUAUGAGAACGUCAGAAAGCUGGAAGGGGAUCACACCUCUCGUUCCAAAGGAACGCCAUGAUGUUUGCAUCCAGUCUUCACCUGCUCCUGCUGCUAACCAUCACUUGGCCGACUGCACAAGCUACAAAUCCUGAUUGCAGCCACGUUGCAGACUUUGGUAACUGUGUAGGUGAUACAGUCGGCUUUUGCCCUAAAGGAAUUGCCUGUGGUUGUAAAAGUCAAAUCCCCUACUGCAAGUGUCCUUCUUACCGAAACAAAUGGGAAGAUUAUUGGUACAUGGGGCCCAAAUUUGACUACCUUUGGAGCACUCUGGAUUUGAUUUUGGUGAUUGCUGUUCCUGCAGCAACACUGGCUAUAGUUGCCACCACCUUGAUGCAGUGGGUUGGCUACUGUAAGAGCAAGCCAAAAGGAAGCAGAAGUCAAGCAAGGCGUCCAGCUCCUGUUAUCUCACACAGACCUCAACCCCAUGGACAGCUGAAAGUCCAGGCCAAAGAAAUGUUUGCAUUUCCCAGACCCCUGGUCCCAAACCAACAGGAGACCCCAUUUCCUGAAAGACUCAGCUACCCACCCCAGAGACCUACUUCAAUAACAGACGAGGCAUUCAUGGUCCCAUCUGCCCAAGUUGGCCGGAGUAGCCACUGGGCGAAUGAGAUUCCAGAUGCAGAUUAUGAGCAACAAAACCCAUUUGCACCUCUGCCCAUGAGACAGCUCUCGAAACCUAAGACACCAAUGUUUCCUCUUCCUGAUUAUGACGAGAAUAGCUCCCAGCCAAUGAAUGCUAAAAUGCCUUCUAGAUUUGUCCACCCACAGUAUAUGUAUAACUAAAAACUUCUUGUGAAGAUGGGAAAAUGGGCAUCAUGUUAGUCCAGAUGUUCUCCAAAGUGGUCUUUCUCUGGUCCUCCCAAAGAUUUGAUAGUAAUAGCAGCAAAAAAUUUCAUCAGGAUGCCUCAAAAGCAGCAAAAUUCCUGCAGCCGUGUUUUGGGUGACAGGUGCUCUCUCUUGGGUAGAGGGGGCUCAGAGAAUCUCCUGCAGGGGCGUGCGGAAGUAUUUGUUCAGUAUCUGUCAAAGUCACUCGAAUUUUCUCAUAGUUGGACACCAGCCUUGUUGCAGAUCCAAGGGAGAUGCCUGGGGAGGAGUCUUGCCCCGUUAUCUGGGAAUGGUUUGAACCUGUUGGGCCUGAUGAAGUGGACAGGGUCCUUAAGAUUGUGACCUCAGCCACCUGCUCUUUAGAUCCAUGCCUCUCCUGGCUUGUUAAGGCGGCCUGAGGGGUGUCGUGUGAAUGGGUUCUAGAGGUGGCAAAUUCUUCCUUGCGUGCGGGGCUUGUUCCAUUGCCUCUUAAGGAGGCCUUGGUUCAUCCCCUCCUCAAGAAGCCAUCGCUGGAACCUACCAUACUGGACAAUUUUUGU